AGAACAACAACAGCCAUCUCAGCCAUCUCGGUAGCUUGCUCGUCAACAUAGCGGAAACAUUUAAGCUCUUAAAGGCUCUUUCUGGUAUUUUAGGCACUGUGUUUUGAUCACAUUUCUGUCGUUUAGCUAAUUAUCUAAUUUCAUUUCCUAUUUACGUUUUUGUUGUUAUUAUUUAGCUAACGUGGCUGGUUAAGUUAGCAUUAGCAUAGUUAGCUAACUGUUAGCUAUCAUCCUUGACCAUGAGUUCACCAAGCUACUCUCCUCCUGGUGAAGAAGAGGAGGAGGUCUGCUGGACGGAGAAAGAGGGUCUGUGGCUGAACGUUGUCGUGAAAGAGGAAGAGGAAGAAGAAGAUGUCACAGUAACAAAAGUAGAGGAAGAGGAGGUUGUUACAGUAAAACAAGAAGUAGAGGGUGAGGCUGUUACAGUGAAAGAAGAGAAAGAUGUUUUCAGAGUGAAAGAGGAGGAGGAAGAGGAAAAGGAGGAUGUGACUGUGAAAGAAGAGGAGGAAGAGGAUGAUGCAGUUUUUGGAGUGAAGGAGGAGGAGGGGGAGAUGACUGUCACAUUGAAAGACGAGGAGACAGGAGAUCUGAUUAACACCAGAGAGAGACGGGACUAUAGUGGAUCCUCUGGGGAGCCUCAACAACCUCAUGAUGCUGACGAGGCAGAGAAGAGUCUCUCCGCAUCAGAACAACCCAAGAAACACCAGCGGAGAAUCACAGGAAAGAAACCUCACUGCUGCGCUGACUGUGGGAAGAGUUACUCAAGAUCAGAUUCACUAAAACUACACCAGAGAAUUCACACAGAUGAUAAAUCUCACUGCUGCUCUGACUGUGGGAAGAGACUUACCUCUUCGGCAGACCUUAUAAGACACCAGAGAAUCCAUACAGGAGAGAAACCGUAUAGCUGUGAUCAGUGUGGGAAGAGUUUUAAUGUUCCAAGCAGCCUGAAAACACACCAGAGAACACACACAGGAGAGAAACCUUAUAACUGUGAUCAAUGUGGGAAGAGUUUUUCUUCGUCAAGCCGUCUGACAACACACCAGAGAACACACACAGGAGAGAAUCCUUAUAUCUGUGAUCAGUGUGGGAUGAAUUUUACUACAUCUAGCCAGCUGACUUUACACCAGAGAACACACACAGGAGAUAAGCCUUAUAGCUGUAAUCAAUGUGGGAAGAGUUUUGCUCACUCACGCAGCAUGACAGCACACCUGAGAAUACACACUGGAGUGAAACCUCACUGUUGCUCUGACUGUGGGAAGGGAUUCCACUCUUCAGCAGACCUUAAAAUACAUCAGAGAAUCCAUACAGGAGAGAAACCUUAUAGCUGCUCUGACUGUGGGAAGAGCUUUUCAAAAUCAUCUACAUUACAAUCACACCAGAGAAUUCACACCGGAGAGAAACCUUAUAGCUGCUCUGACUGUGGGAAGACCUUUUCAAAAUCAUCUACAUUACAAUCACACCAGAGAAUUCACACUGGAGAGAAACCUUAUAGCUGUUAUCAGUGUGGGAAGAGUUUUACUGAAUCUAGACGGCUAACGACACACCAGAGAACACACACCGGGGUGAAACCUUACCACUGCUCUGACUGUGGAAAGAGAUUUGUUUCGUCAGGACAUUUAAAAUCACACCAGAGAACACACACAGGAGAGAAGCCUUAUAGCUGUGAUCAAUGUGGGAAGAGCUUUACUCACUCAAGCAGCCUGACUAUACACCAGAGAAAACACACAGGAGAGAAACCUUAUAGCUGUGAUCAAUGUGGGAAGAGUUUUGUUACAUCUAGCCAGCUGACUAUACACCGGAGAACACACUCAGGAGAGAAAUCUCAUAGCUGUGAUCAAUGUGGGAAGAGUUUUGUUACAUCUAGCCGUUUGACAAUACACCAGAGAACACACACAGGAGAGAAACCUUACAGCUGUGAUCAAUGUGGGAAGAGUUUUGUUACAUCUAGCAGUCUGACCAUACACCAGAGAACACACACAGGAGAGAAACCUUAUAGAUGUGCUCAAUGUGGGAAGUGUUUUACUACAUCGAGCCAUCUGACUAUACACCAGAGAACACACACAGGAGAGAAUCCUUAUAGUUGAAAUCAAUCUGGGAAGAAUUUUACUCAGCCAAACUAGCUGAUAUCACACCAGAGAAAACACACAGGAAAUGAAUAUUGUAGCUGUGAUCAAUGUGACAAGAGAUACUCUGGUAAAAAGAUAUCUGAUUAAACAUCAGAAAAUACAUGAAGGAGUUGUUUCAUGAUAUCAAUGAAUUAAUUUCACAAUGUAGAACUUUGUAGAAGGGGUAUUUUAAUGAUGUCAUAAUGUAGAAUGUUGUAGAUGGGGUAUUUUAAUGAUGUCAUAAUGUAGAAUGUUGUAGAAUGUGUAUUUUAAUGAUGUCAUAAUGUAGAAUGUUGUAAUAGGAGUAUUUUAGUUAAUCAUGUCACAAUGUAAAAUAUAUAAUUGAGUGAGA